AUGCAAACCGCGCCCGGGAUCGGCAUUGACCUCACAAUGGCAUAUGGAGCUGCCGCAAUUAACUUUCACAAUGGCACAACCCGCAAUCUGCUCCAAAUUCAUGGCAGCCAAGAAUAUCGGUCGGCCAUGAAGACACUAUCUGAAGAUGCCCAGAAUGUCCGGAACGGCAAGAACUCAACGAUGAAGAGAAUAGAGUUGCCCUUACCGAAUAAAGUUCUAAACGAUUGGUGGUCGCCCUGGAUGUGGUACAGAUUUCUCUCUGAUAAGCUACAACCCAUUCUUGACAGUCGGGUCGUACCGCCGGAGGAAGAGCAACCGGAUGAUUGGGUCUAUACAGUGGCUUAUAUGCUAUCUAAAAUUAAGUCUACUGCUAUAGACCCUAUAGAGCCGCCUCUGAAAUUCAACUAUGUGCUUCUAUCAUGGCCUGACUUUGAAUUCGACACAGACCAUCUCUACAGAGGCCGAAUCCAGCUUGCAUGCCGCUUGGCAGGUUUAGAGCUAAUGCCUCGCAGUAAUGUUGUGUCUUUCUUCGCCCCUGCGUCUGAAUAUAAUGAUGAGUGGGGAAACCAAGCUGAAGCCACUAUGCUGGUGAUCAGCUACAAUGCUGCCAGCCUUGGAAUUACAUGGAAUUAUAUCCCCCCUAUGGUAUACCAAUCCCAGAGCGUCUACUUGAAAGCCCUCAUCACGGGGCAGAAGCUGCAUUGCGUGCUAUAA